AUGCACACGUUUUCCACAUUACCCGUCGAACUUGUUUAUCGAAUUAUGGAUCAUCAAGAUGAGCUGACGCUAUUUUGUUCAAUGCAAAAUAUUUCCCGGCGGCUCAAUCAGAUUCUGAGCACCUAUGAGCGAUAUCGAUGGGAUUCCAAUGCAAUUCCGUUUCCAGGAAUCCGAUCGGAUUUUGUCAGAUGGUCGGAUCCGGCAGAUGCUGCUGCAGGAUGGUUUGGCGGCGGAUGA